UUUUAAAUUGUCAUGUUACAUACUUUCCAUCAAUUUAAAAGGAACUAAGGCAGGGAUGUAACUUGUCAUUUUACAGCUAUAGCAACAAAGGCUCAGUUUUAUCAAAGUGUAACCUACAUUGUACAUUCAAAGUCUUUAUUAAAGCGGGUGUACAGUUAGAUCCAAACUACCAUGCUAUAUUAUCUUUGAAGAAGAAGCUAACUGUAAUUAAUGUAAGGUAUCUUAGAUUAAAAUGUUCUAAAGAACCCUACAAUCAUGUUAGUUUUUACAUAGAGUACGUAGACAGUAUGUUUAAUGUAGAUAACGUGAUUGUGUUCUAAAUACUCAUUUGACAUUUGUGCUUCAACUCCGCUGCCUUAUCUUUCUUGUCAUUCAUUUCGACGCAUUAAGGAAAAUGCUGGCAUCAAUAAAUAUAAACAUUUUCAUUAUUGUGCUACCGUGUUGCGUGUCGGGAUUUCUCAAUCCGGGAUGUAUAGCUGAUGAAGUUCAAGGUCAGAUGAACUACUCGGUGAAGAACAUACUCGUGGAACCAUUCUUUCAUCACCGGAUACAAAUGAACAUCACUGGCUGUAAUACAACCAGACUAAUCACGUAUAUGGAACAUGCCUGUGACACACGCAAGGACCUUUUUAAUAAUUUUUCGCAGACAUAUUUCCCUGGAGUUGGAUACUACGUCAGUGCACAUAAUGGAGUGUCGGAAAUAGCCGGUGAGAGAUACUGGGAGCUAAUUGAACAUUCUACUGGUAAACAGUAUGAAGUGGGUUCAAAUUUAUAUAUUCCACAAGACGGUGAUCAUGUUGCUUGGAAUUUGACCGAGCUAGAUUUAUCAAAAUACAUAACUACAGAAAAACCCGAUGCAUAAUUAUUUAAUCUGUGCGGAGGGUGAAGGAAAGACAGAGUGUGGGGUUAAUGAUCUGAUUUAAUUAGUACUAUAAGUUGAAGAAAAAAAUGUAUUGAAUUAA